AUGGUUGAGUACUUUAAUGACCAAUAUGCUGCUCUUACUGAGGUUGCUGUUGCUGCAUCUACCACGACCAUUGUGGCUGCUAGGGUUCGUGGAGAGAGAGCUUUACAGUAUCAAGAAUUCAACAAUACGAAGCCUCCGGUGUUCAAUGGGGUUCAGGAUCCAAUCAUUGCUAUGAGUACGCUUGUGGAGUUACAGGAGGCCGCUAGGAGGCAGGAGAUAGAGUUAGAGCUCCAGAAGAGGGAGCAGAGGCAGGAUCCGAUGCAGUCGCAACCUAAAGCGAAGCGGUUCAAGGCUGCUGAUGUGAGAUUUGGGAGUCAGAGGAGCUGCACUUGUGUCAAGUGCGGCAAGGUUCAUGAGGGUUCUUGUCGAUCUUUGUUUGGGUGCCACAAAUAUGGCAAGGAUGGGCAUUAUGCCAAGGAUUGUCGCCAGCAGGAGCAGGCUCCAGCGCUAGCUACUUUUAGGAUCACCGAUGGGCAUCAUGGUAUGGCGGAGCCCUCGAGGGCUCGAGGUCGCGCUUUUCAGCUUACGGUAGUGGAGGCCAAGGUGGCGCCAAACAUCGUUACUGGAAACGGUGGCUGGAUAAAAGAAAAACCAGAAGAAGAUCCCGAGGAAGUGUUCAAGGAGGAACCCGAGGAAUACCCCGAAGAAGAAGAAAUCGAAGAAGAAGAAGAAAUUGACGAAGAAGAACUUGAAGAAGAAUUGGAGGACGAAGAAGAUGAGGAGGAGCCAGAGGAGGAACCAGAGGUCAUCCAUCCUCCUUACAUAGCUAGGGUGCCCGCGAACCGUUUUGGCUACAACGGGCCUGAGCCCCAUUAG